CCUGACCCGAUAGGGAAGUUUAAAGUUUGAAAGAGAGGGGCGUAACACGAUUUCAACUUGAUGUUGAGACGGUUGUGUGUUUGGCAGUACGGACACUAGCAGUUUUUUUAAAUCUAAACUAAAGGCACCAAGAAAAGGACUUCUCAAAAUCUACCCAGUAAUAGAAAAAAACAACAGCAAACAAGGCCAUCUUCUAAGUGCCUAGACAGACAAGUUAUAUAAAGUGAGGUGGAAAUAUUACAUCACAGCAACAAGAAGACGACAGUAUCAACUAUGGAGGGUAAAGUUUACACGGUACAGGAAAUAAUAGCUUACUUUGAAGGCAAAACUGAUGAACGUUUUAAUUGUGAAAUUGAAGCUUUUGCUCGGGGAAAUACAGAAAGCGCAAAACGUUUUAGAAAUAUGAUGAAGGGAAGGAGGUCAGUUCAUCCUGACAGUUGGAGCACAGCUGUUGCUGAGUCUGCCAGGGGUCAUUCUAAAAUGAAGAAGGAAAGGCCAAACGCGGAACCCGUCUCAGAAGGUCAUAUUUCUUCUGCUAAUGUCGAGGAAGAACAAAUUAAAGGCGUCAGCGAGGGAGACUAUACCGUGGAGGAAGAGGGCAAUAUUCAAAACGUGACCAGCGUUGUCAAAGAUGGACAACUUAUCAACGACUCUUUGGGAGGUGAUGUCGUCAAUGUAGAGGACAACAUGCAACACGUGACAAACGUUGUCAAUGAUGUGCACAUCACAGGCGCCACAGGCGUGGAUGAAGAGGGCAGCAUGAAGCAGGUGACGGGGACUUCAUCCAAUGAAGAUGUUGAUUCUUCUGAUGUUGGAGUGGAGCACGUUUCAGGCGUCACUGGGGGAGAUGUUGACAACUCGACUGUAGUUGGCGUGGUAAAAGGCGGAAUGCGCAACAAACAGACCGUGAUUGAUAGCGACAUCUGUAUCACAGGCGGCAGAGGCCAGCCUGACGGAGAUGACACCGGUGCAGAUGACAAACCGAAGGAAGUCACUGGAGUUGCAGGUGGUGCUGUCAAGGACUCUACUGUUGUUGGGGAAGUACACGGAGGCAUGGAAAAUGAACAAACCAUCGAAAAUUCUAAAAUCUACUCUGAUGGUGGCUUCGGCGGAAACCUUCAGUUCCUCGACCUGAACAUCAGACAGAGAGAAGAUUCUGGCGAACAGCAAGAUGGCGCUGUGCAGAUCAUCAAAGACUGCAUCAUUGAUCUCCGAAAACCAGAUGACCAAACAGACAAAACUGAGGAGGACAACUAUGGUGAUGCGGAUUGUGACCAGGGCCAGGCUUCUGAGGAGCCAGAUGAAGAUACCGAUCAACAAGCAAUGCAGAAAGAGAUACAGGAAGUGAAGGAGCAGUCUGAGAGGGAGGAAGAAACACGACGACUCAUGCAGGAAAAACAGGCAACCAUGGAGGAACAACUGCAAAAUGAGCAGCGAGAACGGAGAUGGAUGCAGAGUGAAAUGCAGAGAAUAAGCUAUGAACAACAACAAAAUGCUGCAUACAGAGGAUACCCACCUCCAGUAGCCAGAUACCCACCUCCAGUAGCCACUCCUGCCAUGCCUGCUGGUGGAGUAGUGAUAACUACUGCUACACCGACUGCGUACGGUACCGUACCGACUACCUAUCUCCCUCCAGUUGUCGGGUAUCCACCUCCAGGUGUCUUCAAUCCUCCCAUGGCUGUUGGUGGAUUGGUUGUAGCUCCAGCUAGACCUAACUCAGGCCGACCAAAAGGGACUGGUCUUCUAAAGAACAUAAAGCACUUCAUCAAGGGAGGAAAACAAUAGCAAGAUGUGACCACGGAUUCCAUGAUGAGGCACAGACAUUUUUUCAAAUGAGAAGGCAUUUCCUAUAGGUCGGAAUUAUAACGUGUAACAUUUGUUCCGAUGUUGAAUCAGAAAACAUGUUUUGGAAUAUUUUGAGAAAUAUUAAAUAGUUUGGAUAACAGAUAGGUUUUAACAGAAAUGCAAUUGUACAAGUGUGACAUACAAUUUAAGGUAAUUGGUAAAUUGAUUCAUUAACAAGGCAAAGUUUGAAAUGUAGGUAAGGCUCAGGGUGGCUCAGUCAUCUGAGGCGCUGCGAAUUGCUGUGCACAGUUGCAUCCUUUGGGAACGCCAGAGAUCUAUUGGGUUUCACCGAAGUAAUAAACAUCUGAAACCUGUAUCUUACUGGGCUUUCCUCCCACAUCAAGCUGACACGCUGUGAUAUACCUGGAAUACUGCUUAAAGUGGCGUUAAACUCAACUCACUGACUCUCUAAAUGUAAAUAAUUUAAGAUAUUAUACCAGGAAAUGUUUUAGAAUAAUUGUUGCAAGGAUCUGUCACACUGUUCUGGUUGCAGACAUAUUGCCAAAUGUUUCGUGAGUUAAAUAGAUGGCGUGCAGUGCUAAAAAUAGCCCAUGCACAGAAUCCAGUCAGUUUAGGAGCAUGGACCAGUACUCAAACAUAUUAGUUUCCGAAACUUAUGUCAACUAGUGUAUCAUACCUCAGUUCAUUUAUAAAUAAAACACCCUUGACUCAUUCACCACCAAAGCUGUCUGACGUGAAAUAACUAUUAUUUACAUUAAGGCAUAAAUGGUACACAAUCAUUUCAACAACAUAUACAUGCACAUAUCAAAAUAGAAUAAACACAAAACAUCUUUGUCCAGCAUGCAUGCUUAUAUACACACAUUCACUGAGGUAACAGUGCAACUAAAUACGAAAUCAAAGCAACCCAGAACUUUUUGGAGAAUUUGAAGACUCACCAAUACUGCAUCCUUCUGCAUUACCCAAAUUGUCAAAAGGGCUGUAUUCCUGGUAGAAAACCCGGGUUCUCCCCCAAUGUCAGUCAACAGAUUGGUAGGUACCAAACCUAAGGCACCAAGUACAAUGCGGAGUCAGACAACUUGGUACUUGGGGUGUAAGCGUGACAUUUCGAACGCGAGGUCCGCAUACUUGCCAAGUUUUUCCUCAAUCUUGUCAAUCACAUUAGUUUCAAAUAGGACAGAUGAAUUCAAUGAUAUAAAGGAUUUCAUUGGAAUUGUCAAAAGGAAAAGAUCAAGUUUGUUGGUAGUAUACGGGCCUAUUCCAAAGAAUUUUGUAUGUAUCAUUUUCCAUGACGACAACUACAUAUUCCGGGUCAUAACAUGGAUGAAUAUCCGUGUCAAAACCACAAGCAUUGCAGAGCAAUAAUAAAAUGAUCGAGCCACUCCAUCAUGCCACUUUAGAUACUGAUUUUUUUGCCAAAGCAGAACACCCACUGACAAUGUGUUGGACAGUCUCAUUAAAUUCCUUGCUUAUUAUUAUACUUUGUAUUAUAUGUUGCAUAUUAAUACAUUUAUUUCGUUUGUCCAAGAUUGAAUUGAAUAAAAUA